CUUCUCUGCACAUGAAGCAGCGUCUCUGCAUCAUACGUUCCCUGUGAGUAAAGCACGGCUCUUCAACUCCUAAGGUUUUUUUGGUGGUAGGGUUUAGUCGUGUUGAAGAACAGCAUUUAUUCAUAACAGCUAAGACGUAGUUCUGAAGAUUCCUUCACAUCUUAGCUCAAAAAUGUACUCCAACGGCACCGUUGUGUCAAGCUGUCCUAUUCCAAGUCGAGUAGUGCCCCCAGAAAACUGGACACAGCUGCCAGAGCCUUUGGGUCAGACUCCCGGAGGAACUCUCUUCUCCACGACACCUGGAGGAACCAGAAUUAUCUAUGACCGGAAGUUCCUGCUGCACUGUAGGAACUCUCCACUGGCACGCACCCCUCCUUCCUGUUUACCCCAGAUACCUGGGGUCACCAUGCCCACGCAGCACCCCAUGGGGAAACUGGAAGAACAGGAUGAAAGCGGCAAAGACGUCGCAGCUGAUGACAGCCAGUUUGUGAUGGACAUGUGAGCUGACCAGGCUGUUUUGUUUCCAUGGAGGGAGAAAGCAUGAGUUGUUUGACCCCGGAGAGGAUUAUUGUCUGGAUAUCCUCUUCUUUGAAUUCCUAUAGAGAAAACGCAUGGUGUGAUGGAUAAAGUUGAAAUCUACAUAGAAAUGUAGAUUUUAACGAUUUAAAUGAAUCUCUGUUGAUGAUAACUGGUCAGAAUACCAUCUGUAAGAUUGAAACAUUAAUACCCUGCUUUAACUUGGUGUUGGCUGCAACCUUUUCUUUGCCAGUAGGGGUUAAUAUACAGUUAUGACUGGUUUGAGGUGAGGUGCAGGUUUUACGGUGUAAUUUGAUGUGAACCACAGUAAGGAGGAUGGAGUGGGCUAUGUCUCUUCUGUGUUGCAAGAGCUAUGGGAGUUUAUACAUCCUGUUACUCUAAUUCAUUUGAGGGGGUGGGGGUGUGUGAUGUUUGUACAUUGAGUAAUAAAAAGCACAAAAAUAA